UGGUCUACCAGGAGGCGGGAAAAGCGGUGGCGGGCGGGGCGUGACGCCGGUCUACCUGCGAUGCUCCGAAGGGGCGAUCUCGUGGUCCUACCCUCGCGGCGCCCUCCGCGUCCUGCUCCGGCUGGGCUCGACGGGGCGCGACUUCCGCGGGUGCAUCAAGGUGGCGCCCUCCUUCGCCGGCGCCCGGCUCUUCCUCGAGGGGCCCCGCUCCCUGACGCCCCUCUUCACCCCCGACGACGGCGCCGACCCCAGGCUCGUCCGCUGCUUCCACUCCUCCCACGCUCAGGCGGCCAUCUACGUCGAAUCUGAGGUCGGCGAGGGCCCCGUUAAGAUGUUCCCGAAACAAAUGGCUGCCUUCUCCUAUGACCUGGAGCCACUGUCCAAGCGGCAUCCGGGCGGAUCCGUCUAUGAUAUCACUGACGAUUGCAAACCUUGCUCCAACGAGGAAUUAACUCAAGCUUUUUGCUCAAGUGAUUUAGUUGUGAACGGUUGGAUCGGUCUAAUCGAGAACAAGUACGAGCUAGAGGUGUCCGAGAUGAGCGUGAGGGUGGCGAAGUACCUGCGGCGCUCCAUGGUGGACACCGACGAAGGGCACCCCCUGGAAGCGCCCCCUGACGUCACCGAGAGGAACUACCCGGCCCGAAGGGACCACCCCAACUCGAUCGACGGAGGAGAAGAGGACGAGAAAGUGCUGAUCCAAGUGGCGGCCCACUGCCGGAUAAAACCCUCCGACGGUGGCCAGUUCAUCUUCAUGGCCCGCAAAAGGCUGGGAGACUACAAGCUGGUCUGCGCGCCACGGCUGAGCGAGUGGAAGGCGCUCCUCACCUCCGAGGCCGUCAGGAACGGAGCUCACUGUGUUCUCCGCAGCUGAUAUCCUCCUCGCCCGAUCUCGCGGAACUUGUGAUAUUGUUGAGUCUUUCUUUUUGUUCUCUCGUUGAAAUUUAUGUUAUGCUUUUAAAUGGAAUCCCUCUCUCCCGGGGUUGCAAUUUUCCAUGAAGAAUGAAGACUUUAAAUGAACUGCGUUUAGCCGAAAGGAACCAAGCCACAUCAGCUAUUGCCAAAUCUAACCGGGUAAUUUAAUUUUUUAUAAGAGAAGGUUUGUGCGGUUCUUUUGACAUUUCUAAGGAAUUUGCUUCGUGCUGGACAGAAGAUUCGCCAAAAUUUGCACGAAAGUCCGCACAACCGUUUUUUUUUU